CUGCCCAACCUGGCGGCAUCCCAACAUGAACCCGCUUCACACACGAAACCUUCGCUCAACCAUCCGGUCAGGAACCGAAUCCAAAUCUAAAAUCACACACCAAACAGACCUGAACCAACUAUACAGAACCGAGACGUAGGGUCCUCGAGAGCGGACUCGUAUUAUUUGAAAACCAAAAUUUUCCACGGAACCGCGAUGAGCACCAAGCCGAACGGAGGUGGUCAGGAGGAGGAGGAGGCGCCGCCGAUCGCGAAUGCCAGGCGUCUGGCCUUGGAUCGGGCGCUGACCAAUGUGGUGAGCCUGGCCCGCCGCCUGAACUUCGCCAGCACCGAGGGCUAUGGAUGCCGGGAGGAGUGCCUGGAGUUGGCAGUGCCAAAGGAGCUCAAGGGGAUGGAGGACACCGCCAGCUGCUCACCCGUGAAGACGGGCUCCGAAAGACUGGGUCCCAAACGCAAGCCGAGUACGCCAGUGCGAUGCAUGCCCAAGGGCGCCAAGCCGCCCAAGCCGGAGUCCGUAUCGCGGACACCGCGUGGUGUCCAGUGCUUGACCGCCCAUCUGCCGGUGCCGCCGCCACCGCCGCCGCCCUCGCCGCGCUGCCCCCAGGCCCGGGAACUCUGCCUGGCCCUGGAGCGCGCCGACAAUCUGAGGAUCCAGUUCGGCCAGACCGACGAGGCGUUGAAUCAGCUGCUCUACGACGCCCAGGCCAUCGAACGCCAGGUGGCCACCCAGUGCCGGAUGCAGCGGGAUGCGGAGCUGAUCCGCAGCCUGGAGGUGGAGUACAGUGGGCGGUCCAUGAGGUACCUGAUAGAGGCCAUCCAGGCGGACUGCGAGAGCCAGCAUGUCCAGGAGCUAAGGCAACGGUGUCUGGACACCCUGAAGCGCCACGAGGAGCGGGAAAUGCAGCUGGCAGGCGAGGAAGAGGAGCAGGAUCGGGAGGAGGAGCAGGGCCCAGAGCGGGAUCAGGCUCAGAACGGGGACACUGGCGUCGGCAAGGGCACUCAAACCGAUUUCCUUCAAUACCAGAAUGAGAUCGAAUCAGCUCUGAUCAUACUGGAACCUCCAGUGGACCCCUCAGCCUUCCCAGCAGGAAGAUCCGGAGCAGGCGACGGCCACCAAGACCAAAAGAAAAUCGCAAAAAAAAUCCAGAGUGAAGCUGACCUUCCAGUUGAUUAGCAUUUCAAUAAAGAACUGAUAUGUGGUA